CCACCCCUCACACAGCAUGCCUCUCCUUCCCUCCGCCGCCUUCGCACAGCAGCACGCCGCCGCACAAGGCGGCGCCCGCUCCACCGCGCACCGCCUUCCCACCGACGGCUCCGUCACGCAGACGCAGACGCAGCCCGAGGCGGGCCCCAGCAGCUCGCCGGCGCCCGACGCCGUGCUGCGCCUGCGCGGCAGCGACGCCAAGACGGGGCGCCGCGUGGUGUGGGAGGAGGGCACGGUGGACAAUGAGCACCUGGGACGCAAGAGCAGCAAGAUCUGCUGCAUCUACCACAAGCCACGCGCCUUCGACGAGUCCUCUUCGUCCGGCUCCUCGUCCGGCUCCGACUCGGACUCCUCGUGCGCCUCCUCCUCCUCGGACUCAUCGCUCGCGCGACGCUCAGGGCACAGCUCCGAGUCGGACGGCGGCGCAGGCGGCGCGUCGGGCGUCAAUGCCAGCAAGACGCUGCGCAGCAAGAAGGGCAAGGCAAAGAAGAAGCGGCAUGCGCAUCAUGGCCAUGACGGGCCGUGCGAGCACGAAGAGGCGCAGCGCAGCUCAGCGGGCAGCGGCUCUCGCUCUCGACGCAACGGCGGAAGCAGCACCAUGACGCUGCCGCCUGGCGCCGGCGCUGAUGCAGAGCAGCCACCGCCAGCUCCGAACGCAUACGAGCGCGGCGCGUAGGGAGUCUGUCGCAGUCAACCAAAUACCCAUGUCAUCGCAUCACCGCUGCGAAAACGAGGCCGGG